AUGUUUCAUAUUGUUUUUCCUGCUCUGCCAUACACGACCACGGAGGAGGAACUGGAAGAGCAUUUCAGUCAGUUUGGCGGUGUCUCACAGGUUCAUUUAGUUGUUGAUAAGGAAACGAAACGAUCCAAGGGAAUAGCUUAUAUUCAUUUCACAGUUCCAGAUUUUGCAGCCAGGGCGUUGCAAGAGUCAGACAAUUCAAUCUUCCAGGGAAGAUUAUUACAUGUUAUGCCAGCUAUACCAAGACGUUCAAACAAUGAAGAGAACAAUGUUUCCAAGGAUCAAGGAACAAAAACUCUCAAACAACGAAGAGAAGAAGAGAGGAAAGCAGCUGAAGCUAGUGGAGAUACCAGAGCAUGGAAUAGUCUGUUCAUGCGCCCUGAUACAAUUGUAGAAAAUGUUGCUCGGAAAUAUGGUGUUAGUAAAAGUGAUUUACUGGAUCGAGAAGCUGAUGAUCUUGCUGUACGUAUUGCUCUGGGAGAAACACAAGUGAUUUCAGAAACAAAAAAUGCAUUUAAAAAAGCUGGAGUGAACGUGGAAGCUUUGGAGGAGCUUGCGAAGGGUAAAGUUGAUGCAUUAAAAGAAGUAACCAUGUAAUUUUAGCCAAGAAUUUGCCCUAUGGUGCUACCGAAAAUGAACUUGCAAACAUGUUUGGGAAAUUUGGUAGUUUGGAUAAAAUAAUUCUCCCCUCCACCAAAACAUUGGCCCUG